GUUAUAUUCGGUUACAUUGCUGUUACACUGCUGCUAUAUUACUGUGUUCACUGGGUUGUAUCAAUUUAUGUUACUUGCUGGAAAGCUCUCAAAAUUUAAUAUGAUUGUUAUAUUAUUAUUCAAUUAUCUAUCAUCUGAAAGAUUCAAUUGUAGCAAUUAAAAAUAAACUUAGAAUUAAUAAUUACCGUCAGUUGAAGGUUAUGUGGUAUAGUUCUAUAAAAAAAAGUUCUAUUUUUCUAUUGAAAAACAAUUUUGGACACAUUGUAUUAAUUAAUGAUUUAUAUUUCUAGGUUAGCUCUAGUGUUUGUGGUGUUUGUUCUGAAAACGUUAUACAUGAUAAUAUACCAAAUUACUUGUGCAUGCAAGGAUAUCAAAAAUGUUAUUAUGAUGCACAACAGAAUUUCUAUCCUUCAACAGAUCAGAAUCUUAUUGUAAGAUGUAAAAGUUUUGAAGGUGAAAAACGAAUUAUUUUUCAAAACAUUGAUGACUUGGAAAAUGAGAAAAGUUUAAAGUUACGUAAAAAUUUCAAUAACAAAACUCACCAAAAAGCAAGUUUAAAUUUUGAUGAAGAAGAAUUGUUAAUUUUAGAAGUAAGAGCUCGAGAACUUCUCUGGAACUUCCAAUUAAAUAUACAAGAAAGAAAUAUAAAAGUUACAAAUAAAUUGUGGAAAGAAGUAUCCGAAGCAAUUGGAGGUAAAAUUAGUGCUAAAGGGGCGAAACAAAAAUUUAAAAGUCUGCAUGAUACAUAUAGAAAAAUAAUUCAAGCUGAGAACUUACCAAGUGGAUCUGCAAGGAAAAAUUUAGAACAAUUUCAAACAUGUGUUCCAUCGAGGCAGAACAGGCUUCCAAUGUUAAUGAUGAAAAUAAUACUUCUUCCAAUAAGUUUUCAAUAAUUUUGUAGUGAAGAGUUGUCAAUUUAUGUACCAAUUAUAAUUUCUUUUCUUGUAAAUGAUCUUCAGGUGAAUUAUCUUCGAAAAUAAAAAGACAAAGAAAAGAACAAGACUUUUCGUUAAAAAAUGUGCUUGAGAAGAUUACUGAUACUUUCAUCACAAAUGAAGAAACAGCUUUGCCAUUGCCACUUCCGCCACAAAUAGAUGAAAUCGAAGCAUUUCUGAUUAUGCUAGGUCAUAGGAUUAAAAAAUUGCCAAAAGAAAAACAAAUGGCAGCAAUGCAAAGUCACUUACAAUUAUCUUUUAAUCAUUAAAAAAGAAAUAUUUUAAUAACUAUAUUUUUUAAGGAAAGUUUCUAUUUCUCAAUAUUUUAUACAUUUUAUAUAAUACAUAUAUAUUGAGAGUUAACUAAAGUAUCGAAUAGUUUAUGUUUUUAAAGUGUUUUGUUAAGGUUGUUAUGAUAUCAAAGACUAAUAAUCUAUAUGACAAUAAGCCAAAGAUAGAAGGGUGGUGAGUAAUUUGAAAGAAAGAUACAGAACGAAGUGAACAAAAAUUUUCUUGUCAUAUUAUAGCUGAUAAAAAAAAAGAAAAUGACGGAGAACGAUUUCGGUAAUUAUAAGACUAAAAAAUAAUAGUCUUGUAUAAAUGCGGAGAUAGUAAUAAUAUAGAUACAGUGGUUUAUAAUGCGGAUUAUAAUAAAAUUACAAUUGGCACGUCUUUAGAUUGUUAUAUGCAAAGAGAUUAAGUUAGUGAUACUUAAUAUAACGAUUGUUAGCAAAAUAAACAAAUUGAUAUUUAAAAUAAUUAACAUUUUAGUGAAUACUUAUUUUUAUUUUAUUUUAGAUAUAUUACUAGUAUUUUUGUUAUAAGAGUGCAUGUUAAUUUUAUAUUAUUUUGUAGUCAACUAAAUUUCUUUUUAAACAUGUGUUUAUUUGUACGACUUAUCCAAAUACAUUGAUUUUUUAAACAAUUUUUUCUUGUAAUACUAAUGCAUACAAUACACAUAUAUUGAUGAUAUGUAUCAGAUUUUAUGUACUGUAUUCAGCAAUGAUCAAAUUGCCAUGGCACAGCGCCUUCACUGUUGAAUUAAUGACAAAAUUCAUUACGUAUGGAGGAAGCUAGUCGUGAAUUAUUAUUUGUACUACAUUUGGUAAUAUCUUCUAGUGCACCAUCAACAGGCCAAUCUUUCCUCCAAUUACCAGGAAUAAAUCCCUUGGGUCCAUCAGAAUCUAUCAUUGCUUCAAGUACAUAGUUAGAAUUCUCAUCAUUUAUUCGAAGCCAAUUAUGAAAACAUACAAGAGCUUGAAUGAUUUUCAUAGUUUUAUCCAUAUUGCAAUCAAUAUGUCUCCUCAAAAUUCUCCAUUGACUAGUAAGUAUGCCAAAUGUAUUUUCAAUUGUCCGCCUGGCUCUACUUAAACGGUAAUUAUAAAUUGUUCUGUCUUUAUCGAGACCAUUUUUCCCUGGAUAAGGUCGCAUUAAAUAUUCCGUUAAAGGGAAAGCUUCAUCUCCUACCAAUACAUAAGGUAGAGCAAUUCCUUCAAAUGACAAAGGUUUCCAUUCUGGCAAAUUCAUCUCUUUUCUUACAAAUUUUUGUCCCAUUAAAGAAUCUCUAAAUAUUCCACCAUCACUUCGUCGUCCAUAUGCACCAAUAUCGAUAAAAGUAAAUCUAUAUUUAGCGUUACAAAUAGCUAAAAGCACAAUGUUAUGGCUGUUUUUAUAAUUAUAAGAAGAGGAGCCAGCAUUAGAAGGACACUAAAAAAAUAAAGAAUUAGAAAUGUUUGUUUCACAACAAAAAUAUAUACCCAGAUAGCCAAGCCUGCAGGAACAGAUUUUGAGCAAAGCAUGCUAUCAAUUUUUGACGACAAAAUGGCAACAAAUUUUAUACAGAGUCUGUAAUAUCCAACGAUGUCGGCAAACUGCUGUCAGAAAUCAAGCAGAGCUUGCUAACAUAAUCUGACAACAGAUUGGCAGCAGAAAUCGAGCAAAACCUGUUGAUAUAACUGACAGCAGAUUGGCAGCAGAAAUCG